AUGGUCGUUUUAGUCGGCGGCGUGCUCGCUGCCCUCAGCGUGACGCCUCAGCUCCAUCGUUUCCAUUCGUGGUUCCUGCAGCAGAACGUACGGCCGGUCCUGAUCCUGGAGGAAGUGGACCCGAACGUUUACACCGCGACAUCCAGCUCAGAUGAACACAGAGAGGUGAGGAAGCAGCUGGAGCAGCUGGAGCAGCUGGAACAGCUGGAACAGCUGGAACAGCUGCAGCCUUCCUCCUUCCAGGCCUCAGACUCUGGUCAUAAAGGAACAGUCCUCUUCAUCUUUAUCAUCAUCAUCAUCACUCAGUUCAGCUGCAUCAUCCACACUUCAGCAUCUGAUGAGACCAGCGCCGUGCUCAGAGUUUCCCGCCUGCCUCUAGUUCGCUCGGCGUUGCAGUCGGUGACUUCGGCGUACUCUGGGGUCAAAGGUCGUUACCCUCUGCUGGGGCUGAUGGGAGGAGUGGCCGAGCUCGGAGUUCGUAGAGUCUCCCACGCGGCCAUGAGACGAGCCACGCCCCUCCUCCAGAGCCUGGAGCCGCAGAUUGAAGUUGCCAACGGUUUCGCUCUGGUUGGUCUCGACCGUCUGGAGAAGAACUUCCCCAUCCUGAACCAGUCCACAGACGAGGUGGUGGGUCACCUGAAGGACGCCCUCUUCCUGACCCUGGACGAUGUGCAGCUGUGGGUGGUGGACAGUUUGGACGGAGCUCUGGAUCAGCUGGAGCGUCUGGCCGAUGCCGCCCGGGCGGCGCUGCGGCUGCUGCAGGACUCUCAGGUGGGCCAAGCUGCCACGUCAGGACUGGAUGACGUGCUGAGUCGUCUGGAGGAUGCCACCGCCUACUACCUGCCCCUCCCACCCACACUGCGUGAGUACAAGGGCAUUCUGGGUCGGGAGUGGGAGAUGAGGAUUCAGGAGUAUGAGGAUGAAGACGAGGGUGAUGAGCCCAGUCUGUGGACGAGGGUUCGUAGUCUCCUGCUGAGCCUCAGCCUUCAGCUUUAUCACCGUACAAUGAAGGUCAGUGAGCAGCUGCAGAAAGCCGUCAGGACGCUGGGAGACGCUGCAGACAAGGUGGGUCUGGGCAGGGUCCUGGAGCUGGUUGGGGAGCUGCUGCAGGACCUGCAGAGCUUCCUGGUGGCCCUGGUGUACCGAGCAGAGCGUCUCAGAGAGCUGACCCUGAUCGGGUUCAAAAGUCAGGCCGCCAUCUUGGCAGAGCUCAGACCAGUUCGUCAGUUCAGAGAGCUGCCGGUCCAGAUCCACCAGCUGCUCAGAGACCUGCAGCAACUGUCCAAGAUCCUCCUGCAGCUGGUGAUCAACGCCACACCGCUCUAUAACAUGGUGAGAGAGGUGGAGGACUUUCUAAACCAGGAGGAUUUCACGUCCGACAGCUCGUCCCGUCGCGGCUCGGCUAACAGCCUGUUCCUGAAAGCGAUGGACGGCCGUCCUCGCCGCCGCCGGAGUCUCUACUCCCGCGCCACCCGAGGCUCUGGGAGCCCCCAGAGCCCAGACCCCCCCAAUGGCCGGCGCUCCAGCCUGAAGGACCUUCCGGCCCUGGAGGUGGAAGGCCUGCCCGUCCCUUCCGACGGCAGCUUCCUCCGGCGGCCGUCGGCCACCGAGCUGCUCCUCACGCCACUCAAACAGUUCGUCUCUCAGAGCCAGAAGGCCUUCGAGUACCUGAGCCCCAACUCCACCGACAACGCCGCCAACGCCAUGGCAACAGCCGACUGA